GGAGCGGCGGCGCUAGGACCCGGCGGGCCGGGGCUGCGGCGGGGCCUGGGCGGCCAGAGCAUCGCGGACCCCGGCUCUCGGCUCCCGGCGCCAUGUGAGGGGGCUCGGGGGCCGCGGGGAGCCAGCGCUCCCCGGGGGAGAUGAGGAAACUGAGGCUCAGAGAGGUCACAUGGCUUGCCCGAGGCCACUCAGCCAGUGUGACCACACACCCCUACCUGGGCCACCUGCAGAACACUGGCCCCUGCCCCUCAGCAGACGCCGGAGAGAGAUGAAGAGCAACAAAGAGCAGCGGUCGGCAGUGUUCGUGAUCCUCUUUGCCCUCAUCACCAUCCUCAUCCUCUACAGCUCCAACAGUGCCAAUGAGGUCUUUCAUUAUGGCUCCCUGCGGGGCCGGACACGCCGGCCUGUCAACCUCAGGAAGUGGAGCAUCACUGACGGAUACAUCCCCAUUCUUGGCAACAAGACGCUGCCCUCCAGGUGCGGCCAGUGUGUGAUUGUCACCAGCUCCAGCCACCUGCUGGGCACCAAGCUGGGUCCUGAGAUCGAGCGGGCCGAGUGCACAAUCCGCAUGAACGACGCACCCACUACAGGCUACUCGGCCGAUGUGGGCAACAAGACCACCUUCCGCGUGGUGGCCCAUUCCAGUGUAUUCCAUGUGCUGCGGAGGCCUCAGGAGUUUGUCAACCGGACCCCUGAAACUGUGUUCAUCUUCUGGGGCCCCCCAAACAAGAUGCAGAAGCCGCAGGGCAGCCUGGUGCGCGUCAUCCAGCGGGCAGGCCUGGUCUUCCCCAACAUGGAGGCCUAUGCCAUCUCCCUCAGCCGCAUGCGCCAGUUUGACGACCUCUUCCGGAGUGAGACAGGCAAGGACAGGGAAAAGUCCCACUCGUGGUUGAGCACAGGCUGGUUCACCAUGGUGAUUGCGGUGGAGUUGUGUGACCACGUGCACGUCUACGGCAUGGUGCCCCCUGACUACUGCAGCCUGCGGCCCCACCUGCAGCGUAUGCCCUACCACUACUAUGAGCCCAAGGGGCCAGACGAGUGUGUCACCUACAUCCAGAACGAGAACAGCCACAAGGGCAACCACCACCGCUUCAUCACGGAGAAGAGGGUCUUCUCGUCCUGGGCCCAGCUGUACGGAAUCACCUUCUCCCACCCCUCCUGGACCUAGGCCACCGCGCCUGUGGGGCUCUCACGAGGGACACAGGAGAAGUGGCUCUCCACCCAGCUGCUCGACCCGGGGCCGUCCCUGGCCAAUCAAGGCUGGUCAGGGUGUCUUC